AUUAUUAUGUUUAAUGAUAAUACCUUUUAUGUGACAUGUGUUUUCUUCUUGUUUUAUCACAAACGAUAUUUGUUUACAUUUAUAAGUCUCCUAUUUGGGCAUUUGUAGAUUAUGUAAUUAAUUGGUGCUAUCGCUAGGUCAAGAUCCUAAAUUUAAUACUAUCUGGGUAGGAUGAUAUUUAAACCAAUCAGCGUGGCUCCUCUAGACCACGUGAUCAUUCUUGUUUUAUUCAAUGAGGGGAAAGCCACGCUGUAUUUUAAGAAGAUCAUUUGGGAAAAAACUGUAAGCAGCCAUGCCACCUAAGCGAGGUCAGAAGCCCUCCACCCAAACAAGAAGCAAAAAGAGGAAAACCAAUUCAGGGAUCUCAGAGUCUACCCCACCUGUCCCUAUGGAUGCAGACCUUCAAAUCAACACCCAACCAACCAGCGCAAUCGACUAUGACAAACUAGCACUAGCCAUCCUCAAGCACUCUGCCCCAGCCCCAGCCAAUGAAAUCCCUGCAAGUCCAGCGCUGAUAGCAUGCUCCAACACACCGGGACCCUCGUCAAUGUCAUCCCCACAGGAUAGCCUCCCCACAUCGACAGGCUUGGGCGAUCUCUUAGACAAGGUUUUUACAGGUGAGCCAGCAAGGCCUACUCCCCUUAACCACCCCACUGCCAUUAUUAGUGAUGGCAUUCCCUUAGCGGCAUCACUCUCAACUAAAGUAAAAACAAAAAUCUGGAACAAUGAAUAUAUUGAUUUCAGAACAAUUAUCAACUCUAGAGAGGAACCUUUGAGUGUUUCUAUUUCCUCUGGGGUCAUCAAUCUCCACCAGAGUAAUAAAUUCAAGACCCCCAUUACUAUGACACAAUGGACCGAUGCCUUUCUUGUGUUUGCAGAUGUGUUCAUUGAAAAAUUUCCAGCUGAGGCCCCCCAUCUACUAAAGUACGGGCACAUGGUUAGGGAGAUUUAUCAUCUACAUGGGGAUAAUGCUUUUCGGGCAUAUGAUGAGCAAUUUAGAAAGCUUAGGGAAUCAGUAAAUGUUCCUUGGCAGCACCCCAUACAAGAGUUACGCCUUAAAGCAGCGACUGCCACAAGGGCUUACCCCCCCAAAAUCCCUCAAACCCAAACUCAGCCCUUUCGUGUCCGCUAUUGCUUCCAAUACAAUAAGGGUGAAAGAUGCCAUAAAACCCCCUGUCCCUUUCGACAUAGUUGCAUGCAAUGCAAAGGCUAUCACCCAAAAUCCAGAUGCACUGAUAAUAUCAAAUCCCAUUCACAAUCUGCAACAAAACCUACCAACCCCGGUCAAAAUAAAAAGCUUGCUUGAAAUGUUACAGGGCUAUGAUCAGGAAAAACUUUUAAUCAUUCAGAAUGGGUUUACUUAUGGUUUUCAUUUAGGUUGUUGUGCUUUCCCUAGUUCCAAAAUUUCUCGUAAUCAUAGGAGUGCAUUAGAACACCCUUCAGUUAUUCAAGAAUUUAUUCAUCAAGGCAUUGAACUAGGUAGAAUUGCAGGCCCUUUUACAUCCCCACCCUUAAGCAAUUUUGUGUCUUCACCAUUAGGUGUUGUUCCCAAAUCGGAGCCUGGAAAAUUUCGUGUGAUUCAUGACUUGUCAUUUCCAAAACAUGAUUCAGUCAACCUAUUGAUUCCUGAGGAGAAUUCCAAAGUCAAAUAUGAUUCAAUAGAUGUAGUCACAGACCUUCUUAGACAAUUUGGUCAAGGUGCCUUAAUGGCCAAAACAGAUAUACAAGAUGCAUUCCGCAUUAUUCCAAUUCAUUCUGAUGAUUACAAUCUUUUGGGUUUCUCUUGGGACAACAAAUUUUAUUAUGAUAAGUGCCUCCCCAUGGGUGCCAGUAGUUCUUGCCAAAUAUUUGAAUGUCUUAGUAAUAGUUUACAAUGGAUUAUGACUAACAAGUUUUCAGCGGCUGGAAUGUCUCACAUGCUGGAUGAUUUCUUUUUUAUCGGGCCAAAAGACUCCUCCAAAUGCCAGGUAGACCUAGACAGAUUUCUGUCUAUUUGUGAUAUAUCAGGCAUCCCUAUUAAAUCAGAAAAAACAGUUUCUCCCACCACUGUUUUGACCAUAUAUGGAAUCGAAGUUGAUUCCAAUGCCUUGGUUUGUCGUCUGCCUGAGGCCAAGUUAAUUAAAAUUAGAGAUUGCUUACAACAGGUCAAGUGCAGAAAGAAAAUUACAUUACAUGAUUUGCAAUCUUUGAUAGGAUUAUUAAACUUUGCUUGUUUGGUAGUUGUUCCAGGCCGCACAUUUUUACGUCGCCUGAUUGAUUUGACUUGUGGUUUAUCUAAGCCUCAUCAUUACAUUCGCUUGAACUGUGAGGAAAGAGCUGAUUUGAGUAUGUGGUCUCACUUUAUUGAAUCCUAUAAUGGUAGGUCAGUUAUUUUACCAGAUAUUUGGUUGUCAUCGGACAAGGAGUUGCUGUUUACAGAUGCAUCAGGUUCUUUGGGUUUUGCUGCAGUUCUAGGAAAAAAUUGGUUUGCUUUAAGUUGGGAGAAUGUCCCAGAUUUAGCACAAAGUCAAAUAGCAAUUAAGGAAUUAUUCCCCAUUGUGCUAGCUCUUGAAAUUUGGGGUCCCUUGUUGGCAAAUAAGAAACUGUUAUUCAUGACUGACAAUAUGGCCAUAGUUCACGCCAUAAAUAAGCAGACCUGCAAGGAAAAAGGCCUCAUGAAACUUAUUCGCAGAUUAGUGUUAGGGGCUCUUACACACAACAUCCUUUUCAAAGCCAAGCAUAUUGCGGGUAAAUCCAAUACAUUAGCAGAUCAUCUUUCUCGUUUCAAAUUUCAGGAAGCCUUCCAGAUAGCUCCCCAUCUACAUCACACACAGACGGUGGUUCCCAAGGACCUAUUAAUAGUCUAACACCAAUCUGCCAAAAGCUGUUGUCAUCGGCUCUAUCACCCUCAUCCUCUCUGGCAUACCGAAGGAGUUGGAGUUUAUUAUUAACUUGGAAGCCUCAGAUCUCGCUUCCAGUUUCAGUUAUUGACAUUUGCAAUUUUAUCGGGCAUUUAUUUCUGCAGAACUAUUCUCCAAGCACAAUACUUUCCCAUAUUUCUGCUGUCAGCUUUGUACACAAGCUGUACAACAUCAUCGAUCCCACACAGGCAUUUGUCACAAAGAAAAUUUUAAAGGGCUGCCAAUCAUUGGGUUCUAGAAAAGAUGCGCGUUUGCCUAUAACAGGGCCUACUCUACAACAAAUCAUUGCUGCCCUAGACCACACAGUUUCUCAAUAUUCCCUCAGGCUUUUACUCCGGGCUCUUUUUCUAUUGGCCUUUCAUGCUUUUCUCAGAUUAGGAGAAAUUACAGUAAAAUCUCUAAAAGCUAAGAACUGUGUAUUACAGAGAUCGGAUGUCACAUUUAGUAAAGGCCCUUCCAGAGCAGUACAAAUCAUCAUGAGGGAUUACAAAACAAAUAAACACCACACACCAUUGAUCAUUUCUGUGCAGUCAUGCCCUGACUCUACAUACUGCCCAGUAACAGCUCUGUUCAACUACAUUCAAUGGUACAAACACACAACUGGUCCAUUAUUUCAGACAAUUGAUGGCUUACCGGUUACCUAUUCUAUGGUCACUUCCCAACUCAAAUCCGCUAUACAGUUUAUUGGUCUUAGUCCAGAGCAAUUUAAGGGUCACAGUUUUAGAAUUGGGGCAGCAACACAUGCAGCUUCCAUGGGUUUCUCUGAUCAGGUUAUUCAGAAAAUGGGAAGAUGGAAUUCGGAUGCUUUUAAACAUUACAUUCGUAUCCAGUCAUUCAAGCUAUAAUAUGUAUAUACAUAUAUAUUAUACUCCAGUUUCAGGUGUAUUUUGCCCCUUGGGUCGACCCUUUCUAGCAUUUCAGGCAUUGUCUGCUAAUAUCUACCUACACAGUUCAGAAGUUUUCUGCUGUUCCUUCUUAAGGUUGUCACAUUACGGCAGUUCAGAAGUAUUCUGCUGCCCCUUAGUUUGCAUAAUUACCACAUACCGUCAGUACAGAAGUAUUCUGCUGACACUUAGUCCCAAAUUUCUUUCCUUUUUAUGCAUGUGUGAUUUUUGCAAAAUACCUCACCCUACUCAAUUUUGUUUUUACAUUUGAUUUUAUCUUGCUGGCCACCGUCCUAUUAACAGUAUUGUAUUGCGGUAUUUUUAAGUUUUGCUAAAUAUCCCUUUUGAUAUUUAAUUAUUACAUGUUACGCAUGUUCAAUACGUACCAUUUUUUGCCAAGACGCCUUUGGGUGGGGGAUCCAAUUUGCAAUUGGAUUCUGGCGUGUAUCUUGUUAUUUUCCACCCUUUUUUGAUGUUUGGCAUAUAUCAUUGCCUUGAUUUUUGAUAUGUUUUACUAUUGGGGGGCAGCAUAUUGCAUAAUGUACUGCCAAAGACUUUACACAGUAGUCAGUUGUUUUCUAGUCUAUGCUGACCCCCUUGAUGGUGUAUAUAUUUAUUUUUCGUCAUUUACUUCAAUAAAUGACAUGUGUUCAUUUCUAUACCUGUUUUGUUUUCACUAUGCUCAACAUCAAAAAACUAAGUGCAGUUGUCUUGGCUUUAAAUAACAUAGGAACAUAAAGCAGUUAUUAUUAUGUUUAAUGAUAAUACCUUUUAUGUGACAUGUGUUUUCUUCUUGUUUUAUCACAAACGAUAUUUGUUUACAUUUAUAAGUCUCCUAUUUGGGCAUUUGUAGAUUAUGUAAUUAAUUGGUGCUAUCGCUAGGUCAAGAUCCUAAAUUUAAUACUAUCUGGGUAGGAUGAUAUUUAAACCAAUCAGCGUGGCUCCUCUAGACCACGUGAUCAUUCUUGUUUUAUUCACUAGAGGGGAAAGCCACGCUGUAUUUUAAGAAGAUCAUUUGGGAAAACCCUCCAUCCACCCCUUUCUUCCGCCAUAAUUAUAAUUUUCACUUUAUUUCUAUUUUCAUGUAUUGGUAUACUAUGUAUCUUGUCAUGGCGUGUAUCUUGUUAUUUUCCACCCUUUUUUGAUGUUUGGCAUAUAUCAUUGCCUUGAUUUUUGAUAUGUUUUACUAUUGGGGGGCAGCAUAUUGCAUAAUGUACUGCCAAAGACUUUACACAGUAGUCAGUUGUUUUCUAGUCUAUGCUGACCCCCUUGAUGGUGUAUAUAUUUAUUUUUCGUCAUUUACUUCAAUAAAUGACAUGUGUUCAUUUC